CCGGAAGUAAACAUCAUGUGACGUUGAAAAUCAGAUGAUCAAGUGUAGACAUCUUUAGUCACGACUACAACGGUUAAUUCAUACAUUCCUGGCUGUAUUUCUCUGGAAACAAGAUCCUAGACUGCUGCAACCAUGGCGCUCAGCGAUGCCGACGUUCAGAAGCAGAUCAAACACAUGAUGGCCUUCAUUGAGCAGGAGGCCAAUGAGAAGGCAGAGGAAAUUGAUGCCAAGGCGGAAGAGGAGUUCAACAUCGAGAAGGGCCGUCUGGUGCAGACCCAGAGGUUGAAGAUCAUGGAGUAUUACGAGAAGAAAGAGAAGCAGAUCGAGCAGCAGAAGAAAAUUCAAAUGUCUAACCUGAUGAACCAGGCUCGUCUGAAGGUGUUAAAGGCUCGCGAUGACAUGAUUUCAGAAAUGUUGAGCGAGGCGCGUCAACGGCUGGCCAACGUAGCCAAGGACCCAGCCAGGUACCCAGCACUGAUGGACGGGCUGGUUCUGCAGGGUUUCUAUCAGCUUCUUGAGACCAAAGUGACCAUCCGCUGUCGUAAACAGGACCUGCAGGUGCUUCAGGCGGCUAUUCAGAAGACCAUUCCCGUCUAUAAAGCAGCAGUGAAGAACAAUAUUGAGGUUCGCAUCGACCAGGACAACUUCCUGUCUCCAGACAUUUCAGGAGGUAUUGAAAUCUACAACGCUGAUGGGAAGAUCAAGGUGUCCAACACCCUAGAGAGCAGACUGGACCUCAUGGCUCAGCAGAUGAUGCCUGAGAUUCGAGUGGCUCUCUUUGGUCAGAACCAGAACCGCAAGUUUUUGGACUGAGUGUCUCCAUCCAUCGUCUUGAAGAGGAGUUAUUUAUUUUUGUUGUGUGAAAGUUACCAUUGCUGUGUCUGAGAAGAAUUCCAAAAACACAGUUAAAAAUGGAAAAGACACCAUUUGUUGUUUUGUCAUGUAUUGUUGUAUUUCUUUGCAUCUUGGGACAGUAAAAAAGUUGAACUUCAUUGCAGAUGUGAGUAGGAGGAGCAACUUUUGCACAGUGGUAAUGGAUCUGCUGCUCCCCCUGGGGAUCUUGGUUUACACACCGCAGUCAUCUUUAUUAUGAUUGGCUGGACAGUAAUAAUUUCAGUCUGAUUGGUUCAGGCUAAUAACAUCUUCCUCUCAUGAAAAAAUAUAAUGAAAAGUUGCAUGGAGCAUUGACUCACCCGUGGCUAUUUGCUCCCAUCUAUCACAAUUAAAAUGAAGUGAUGCUGGAAAAACAUUGAAGACCAACUAUGUCCUUAUUGAAUCCAAUUAAUUUAUUGAUGUAAUGUCUGCUGUUGUAUCAUGAAACAGAAGGGGAAGGGUCAAUAUUUCCAUCUGAAGAGGUUAUCGUGAAAAUAUGUUAUAAAGUAUAAAUCGAUAGUAUCAGUUGCCUGCUCUUUUCUGACCUACACAUUUUUCUCUUAUCGUAUCGUAAUACAAUGCAUUUUUUUUCUGACAAAGGAGUUGCUCUAUGGUCUCUUGUUAUUUAUUAAAUUGAAUCAUCCAUGGCCCCUCCAGAGAAUCUCAUGACAUGUUACAUUUUUGGGCUGCAUUCUUCUGACUAGCAACAGCCAUUAACUAAGUGGGUAUAACACAAUGGUAUUGAGAGCCCGUCAAGUCAGACUAAAUAGCAUAGUACUGGGGUAGUUUAUUGAGAAAGGUUUGCACACUUGAGAAGGAAAAAGUGAAUAAGGAAAAGGGUAGAAUUCUUUGCUUCUGUUGCUUUUCAUUUGUAAGUAUGCUUUAUUUUAUUAAUGUAAACUUUGGUUGAAUUCUA